AUGGCUGACAAUGCUACUAAUUUCUCUUCUUCUGAAAUUUCUCUAUUCUGCUAUGACCAUGGAAUCUCCCUUGCUCACUCAUCCGAUUAUUAUCCUCAGGGAAACAGUCAGGCUGAAUCCAGUAAUAAAAACCUCAUUAAUAUCAUGAAAAAAUUAGUGAGUGAAAAAUUUAAGGAUUGGCAUAAAAAACUAUAUGAAGCCCUUUGGGCUGACCGUACAUCCCCAAAGAGGGAAAUUGGGAUGUCUCUUUUUGAACUGGUCUAUGGUGUAGGCGCUCAGGUAGCACUUCCUUUGGAGUUGGCAGCUACUAAGCUACAAACUAUCAUUGAAGAUGCUUAUUUCCAGAAUUCUCUAGAAAAGCGUAUUAUGCACUUGAUGAGAAUUGAUGAAGAAAGGGAUAAACUAGUGGACCGGAUAACAGAGCACCAGAUGAGGCUGAAGAAGAUAUUUGACAAGCAAGAAAGGUCAUGGAAGUUCAUGCUAGGCGAUCAACAACUACUCAUCUGGGACAGAAGAAGAGAGCCCAAAGGAGCGCAUGCCAAGUUCGAAUCACUUUGGAAAUGA